AUGAAGACAAAGGAAUCGACGGCGUUCUCCUUUUCUACGGGCUCAAACGCACUCGGGAAAAGUAUGAUGAUGCAGGUCGGAUCUCGCGUUGUUGGAAAAACCAAUCGAACUCGCGGAAGGAUUGGCAUCGUUCUUGGCGUGAAUACAGAAGGCUGCCAACGCAAGUUUGAGGUUGAAUGGUCAUGUGGAGCUCGCGAGAUCGUAUCUGCACGGUCGAUUUCUCUCACCGCAGUACAAGAACCGCAGCUAGAGCGCGAAAACGCCUCGAAUGUGUCAACUUCAACCUUCACAGAUCUUCUGCUUGGAGUCAACGAAGGAGCAUCAAUAGAUAUGGACGCUUCGUCGUCAUCGGAUGAAGACGAAUUGAAUUUCGAGGAUACAAUGAGCGAGAGGAAGACAACGGAGCUAUCUAUGCUAACGGAGAGAGUGGAUCCCUUGUGA